GCCAGGACCCCUCAUCAUGGCUUCGUGGGAGCCGUGAUCCCCUGUCACGGCGAUGUCCACCGGGGCCUGCUGGGGUUGGGCCCUCUCCUUGCUCUCCGCACCCGCCCGCGAUCCUCGGGCGCCCCAGAAGAGACGCCCAGGGCACUGUGCCCAUUUUACACCGGGGAGACUGAGGCUCGGAGUGAGACCGUCAGCCCGCAGUUGCCCUGCCCAGUGGAGGUGUAGGGGGGUCGGUUGAGCCGCCCUUCCUAAAGGCUAGAUGGCAAUGGCGCUGAUGAACCGUGCGCGGAUCAGCUGAACCCAUCAUUGCAGGGUCUGGUGACAUUUGAGGACGUGGCUGUGUAUUUCUCCCAGGAGGAAUGGAGGCUACUUAAUGUUACCCAGAGGCACCUGUACCGUGAUGUGAUGCUGGAGAACUAUGAGCUCAUUAGUUCACUGGGUUGUCUGUGUGGAGUGGAAGAUGAAGAGGACCCUCUUGAGCAGGUGAAGAGCAGUAGGGCCCACCCAUCAGGACAGCCCUUCAUAUGUGGGGAAUGUGGCAAGGACUUCCAGGCCAGCUUGGGCUUUGUCCAACAACAGGCCUCCAAGGGCAUGGGGAAGCUGCAGAGGACUACCACGGAGACCUUCCCUCAUAGCUCCAAUCUCAGGCAGCACCCAGGAGUCCACACCAGGCAGAAGUCCUUCACGUGCACCAGCUGGGGCAGAUCCUUCCUGAAGAGCCCUGCCCUCCUCAACUAUCUGAGAACUAACACUGAAGAGAGAUCUUAUGGAUGCUUAACAGGAAGAAAUGCCUUCAAGGAGAAAUCAACAUUUAUUACUCAGAGAAAAAUUCACACUGGAGGAACAGCCCAUAUGUGUAAGGAGUGUGGGAAGGCCCUCAGUCUCCCAUCUAAAUUGAGCACCCAUCAGAAAGUACACACUGAAACAAAACGUUACAAGUGUGGUGAAUGUGGGAAAACAUUCAGCCACAAAUCCACGCUUGUUCAGCACCAGAGGAUUCAUACAGGGGAAAGGCCUUAUGAGUGCAGUGAAUGUGGGAAAGCCUUCAGCCUCGCAUCUACCCUAAUUCGGCAUCGAAAAGUUCACACUGGUGAAAGACCUUAUAAGUGCACUGAAUGUGGGAAAUUCUUUAGCCAAAACUCCAACCUCAUUCGGCACCAGAGAGCUCACACUGGGGCAAGGCCUUAUGAAUGCACUGAAUGUGGGAAGGCCUACAGCAGAAUCUCUUGUCUCAGUCGGCACCAGAAGGUUCACAUGAGGGAAAAGCUGUAAGAGAAAGUGCCCCCUAUAUGGGAAAGCCUUCACUGAAAUAUCCACACUUGUUUUGCACCAGAAAUUCCUCAACACAGAAAGGCCUCAUGUGCAGCACAUAUCUGAGAACCUUUAGCUGCAUGUCUAAGCUGUUUAAUGCCAGAAAUUUCACACUAGAAAAAGGACUUAAGAGUGUAAUGAAGGGCUAACCAGUUAACUCACUUGGGAGAGUGUGGUGCUGAUAACACCAAAGUCAGGGGUUCAGAUCCCUGUACCAGCCAGCUGCCAAAAAAAAAAAAAAAAAGAAGCUGGAGCUCUAGCCAGCCCUGUGGCUGCCAGUUGUCUUCAGGACCUGGUCUUUUCUGCCAUCCAGGGCCCAUCUCCAUCAAGAACUGCCUGAGAGGCCGGCUCCAGUCCAGAGGUGACAGGCAAGGUCAUUGUAUCUUUAUGUGAAAUAACCAGAAAGUAGAAGUGACCAGAUCUCUUUUGAUGAGGAUGGAUAAACAUCCUGGAAAAUCUAUAUAAUGGAAUCCUAGUGAGUGUUAAAGUACUGAUACAGGGAACCACAUGGAUGAACUUUAAUAGCAUUAGGUAAGAGAAGGAAGUCAGGCACAAAAGAUGAAAUACUUUAAGAUUUUCUUUGUUUAAAUUCGAGUAAAGGCAAUAUGACAGUGACAGAAAGCUGGGGCUGGGCCUGGAGAGGGGAUUGAUUGCCAAGGCCAUGAUGGAACUUUUUGUGGUGAUGAAUUUGUUCUAUAACUUGAUUUUGGUGGUGGUUUUUAUGAUUGU